AUGGGCUGGAGGAUAUUGUUAGUAGCAGCUUUGCUACCUAUAUGCUCAGCUCUUUUUGAGGACCAAGUAGGAAAGUUUGAUUGGAGGAAGCAGUUCGUUGGAUGCCCGACGAAUAUUCUGUUUGAUAGACAGUCUUCUCGGGAAAACAACUUACUUUUUUCUACUAAGGAAAAAGUUCUUACUUCCAUUUCCUUAGUUGAUGGAUCUUUGAAGUGGCGUCGUAUUCAAGAAGAGCUUGGAGAUUAUGAUUUGCCUAUUCUGGCUGAUGAAUCAAAUCUGUUCUCUAUUGCUGAUGCUGGACGUGUAUUAAGAGUUUGGAACAAAGGCACUGGUGCCCUGGUUUGGCAAAAAGUUUUAAGUGAUCUUAUUCCAAAGCAGCCAUCAUACAUGAUCAGACAUGGUUCUUCAGUUAUCGUUAGUGUCGACAAUGUUGUUUCCUCAUUCAGCUCAUCAGGAACUGAAGAGUGGAAAUUCCAAAGUGAAUCUAGUCAAUGGAGCACUGUAGUAGUAUCAGGAGACAAACUAAUUUUUGUUAGCUAUAAUGGAGAUAGCUUGAAAAGCGCCGAUAUAAUCAAUGGUAAACCCACUUCAGCCAGCACUAUCAACGUACAACUAAGUAACGCCAAAUGCUUUUCCUCCAAGCAAAGUGUUGUUUGCUGGAAAGAUAAUACAGUCAAAGUUGUAAACUUCUCUUCAGCCAACAGAGUUGCUCAGACUUUCAACGUUGAAAGGAUAAGAAAUGUCAAAGUUAUCAGUGAAGAGCAUUUCGCUGUUAUUGCCGAGACGUCAACAGUCAUUCAUUCAUUUGCAUCCCAAACUGAGGUUCUGAAGGUUGACAAAACCGUUGAAGCUGUCGCAUCUGUUGACAAGUAUUUCUUGGUCGCUUCGAAAGAAAAAAUUGAGUUCUAUCAAGGUCCAGGAAAGAGCUUAUUCACGCUCAAACUGGCUAACAGCAAGGUUAGAGAACUGUACGUUAGUUCCGUGAGGAAAGAGAUUGAAUUGGUUGUAGUCUUCGAAGACUGCAGGGUUGAACUCUUCGUUGUUUCUGCUGAUUUCUCUCAAUCACAGUCCGAGUGGAGCCGCGAAGAAGGAUUAGCUCGUCUUGUUUCCAUCGAGAUGGUUGAUUUACCUUUAUCAGAGUCUCAAAAGAUGAUUGAGGAUGAGUUCGCUGCUCAAGAAGGCAAUAUAUUAUCUUCUUUCGUAAGAAGAAUAAUUUCUCAAGGAAUUCAAAUUCAAAAGCACUUCAUUCAUUCAAUUAACCAGGUCUUGUCCUUCUCUCAUAUCACAUCCAAGAUAGGAUCAUUUUCUCAAUUAAUUGACGCAGUUCGUAAUUCUCCAAGAUCUGACAGCUAUGACUCAAAUCCUUUGGAACGUGACUUCUUCAACCUCCGUAAAAUGCUUGUUGUCGUUUCUCUAGAUGGGUCUGUGUUCGGAAUCGACAGUGAAGGUGGAAAGAUUGUUUGGAAAUUGUGGCUUGGAGAUAGAUUUUCUCCACUCAAUUCUGAAUUAGGAGAGUCAAGGGUACCUCUCUUCAUUCAACGAUCAACUGCUCUCUAUCAAUUGAACGGACAAGCCGUUGUCGUGUUCCAGGAUGUGAAUUCUGGAAUCGGAAACUUAGUAUUCUUCGAUCCAAUCACGGGAACUGUUGUUGAGAGAAAGCAGCUUCAAUCUAAAAUCAAAAACGUCAACCUUCUUCCUGUUGUAGCCAAGAAUCACUUGCAGACUUUAGCUGUAGUUGAGAAAGGAAAUAAGAUUACUUUGUAUCCCGAAAUCGAGAAGGACUCUGCUUCCACUCUUGACAAAGUUUAUUUCACAGAAGUCACUCCUAAGGGAUUAGAAGGCUCUGUACUCUCUCUCACAACUCUGAAGAUUGCCCAAACUUGGACCAUUGAUUUGAACUUAGGGAAAUCCGAAAAGAUCAUUUCUGUGAAGAGCAAGCCUUUGCAUGAGAAAGUACAUUCUCAGGGUCGCGUACUCAUCGAUAGAAACGUACAAUAUAAGUACGUCAACCCCAACUUGAUCGCUUUGGCUGCUUUAGAUGAUGUGAGUCAAGUCCUCUCUCUUUACAUGAUCGACUCUGUAACUGGCCAAAUCGUACACAACGCAAAAACAGCAAAGGCAGCUCUGCCCGUACACAUUGUACAUUGUGAAAACUGGGUCGCUUAUUCUUAUUGGUCCGAGAAAAGCCGUAGAACUGAACUCGGAGUUAUUGAGCUCUACGAAGGAGAAGAGCUGACCAACCAAGAAAAGUUCGACUCUUUUGUUCCAACAAAGCGCGCACCAGAAGUGAACGCUCAAAGUUAUGUUUACACACACGGUGUUGAUGCCAUGGGCGUAACCGAAACUGAACAAGGAUUAACUACCAAAUCUAUUCUAUUAGCCUUGCCUUUCGGUGGAAUCCAUGAAGUAUCGAGAAAGUUGCUCGAUGCUAAUAGGCCUAUGGAACUUACACAGGAGAUGAGGGAAGAAAUGAUGAUCCCUUAUAUGCCUGAAAUUAGAAUAGCUACUGAAGACAUGGUAAACUACAACCAGACAGUCUUCAGAGUCAAAGGAAUUAAAACAGCACCUUCCGGAUUAGAGUCUACUUCAUUGAUGCUUGCCUAUGGUGUUGAUCUUUUCUUCACUCGUUUAACACCCUCAGGAACAUUCGAUAUAUUAAAGGAUGAUUUUGAUCAUCUGCUCAUUUCACUUGUACUUAUUGGUCUCAUGGUUGCCUCCAUUAUAACUAAGCGAUUGGCCAGAAAUAAUGCACUGAAAGCUGCCUGGUCUUAA